GAGUUGAUCGCAUUCUCAACAGCCGCCACGUACCUCUCCCUCCACCUCCUUAAAAGCCGCCGUGCUACCCUCUCCUCGUAUCAUAUACCCUCGUUUCUCACUCUAGUGUACAGCCGCCGAUUAUGUCGAAUUAUCAAGAAAAGCCCAAGACCCAGCAGCUCUACGACUCGGCACCAUUAUCUCACCAGGUGGUGAUGUUCAUGACCGCAGCCAUAAUUGGUGGCGGGCUGCUUCUCUUGUCCGGGUUAACCUUAACCGGGACAGUGAUAGCACUCGUCAUUGCCACGCCUCUCCUGGUCCUGUUCGGUCCAAUUCUCGUCCCGGCAGGGAUAGUUGCGUUCCUGGUGGCAACCGGGUUCCUGUUCUCAGGUGGGUUAGGUGUGGCAGGGAUUGCAGCAUUGUCAUGGAUGUACAACUACGCAACUGGGAAGCAGCCAGUAGGGUCGGACCGGCUGGAUCGAGCGAAGAUUAUGCUUUCUAACACGGCUCGGGAUGUGAAGGAGAAGGCCAAGGAAUAUGGGCAGCAUGGCCAACAAAAGGCUCAGGAGGUUACUCAAGGGUCUUGAAUGAGGUGGUCGUAGCCAGUGGUGUGUCGGGUUCAGGGUCAGUUUGUGGGUUCUGUAUCGUGUUAUUCAGGUGUUUGAGUCUUGUAUCCGUGUCAAUUCAAUUGCAUGCAUGAAAGCAUGAACAAUUGAACUUGUGUUAAGAAAGUUUGUGAAGGAUUUUGUUUAUUAUUAAUAAGUUCUCUUCAUCUAGUCAAAAUUUACAUCAAGCA